AUGGGCCAGAAGUCUUCACCAGGUAUCCCCUUUGAUCCCGUGGAGCAUCUGGCUUUCUCAAAGUCGAAGAUCCCACGCUCUACAAAUGUUCGCAGCUUCCACUUGGACCCUACGCUAAACUCCCUGGAACUUGUUGGUGAGGGCUCUUUUCCGCUAUUUUCUCGCGAAUGCGUGGAAUUGCUGCGUCAGGAAGUUGAGCAGUAUUCCCAAGUGGUCCUCGAGAAAGAAAACUGCAACGCUUUCACCUCUCCCAAGCUAAGAGACUGCGAACAACUUCUUCCGUUUGUGUACCAGGCCUGGACCCAUCCUGCCACUAUACGCGCGAUUAGUGUGGUUUCUGGCUUUGACAUGCGACUGUGUUUUGAUUACGAAAUAGCGCACUUUUGUCGCUCUCGCAAUUCGAGUCAGGUUCUGGUCCGUCAAAAGAGUGUGGCAUAUCCUUACAUUUGUGUCAUGGGCCUGAAUUCAGCUGAUGUGCAAUCAUCAGGGUACGCCACCGUAUUAAAGGGGAGGCUUUCCGAAAACCUGGCUACAAAGCAGCCGCAGGAAAAAGACUCCCUGACGAUCGUGCUGUGUGCAACGCUGCAACCAGAAAAUGUUAUAUGCUACGAAGACACAAUUUUUUUGGAAAAAUGCUCGCUUCCCAAGGCACAGAAGCUCAUCAGUGACAAGGAAACAGUUCCAGUGGCCAACUACGCCGACUUUAAAGAUUUCGGACUCUAUCAGUCCUGGCUCAACGAAUAUUAUGACAAAGAGAACCACGCGAAAGGCACAAAUAAAUAA